UUUUUGUUCAUGGACAAAUGAAUGAACCAUUGAGUGAAACUUUUCAAUCCAAUCUUCGAUUAUUGUGACAGAAAACCCAAUUUCCCUCGUAUCAUAAGUAACUGUUAUUAAAAUUAUGUAUCAAGUUGGAAAACGAAUAGAGAACCUGCAAAGUUUUAGUGUAUGGCUAACGCAAUGCAUUUGGAUUUUUGGUUUUCUAGAUAUGGCUGAAGGAGCGUAUGGGAAUGUUGUUGCCUUGCCUGGAGAAUGUCGUGAUGUUAAUGGCAAAAAAGUAGAACAAGAUUAUUUUUUCAGAUGCUCAUUACGUUCCUCCAGGUUCUGAUGCUUGUCGAUUAUGUCUGUGCGAUAAUGGCCAUCCUAAAGCAUGCAAAGCAGUGUUAUGCACUCCUCCUCACGACUGUAAAUCGUUUCAGAUUGGAAAACACAAGUUAGAGAAGUACGUCAGGCGAUUGAUGAUCAAAGAAAUAUGGGAAAUAUCGGUUACAUCGGUGGCAACAUCGGCUAUAUAGGUUCAGGAUCGCUGAAUAUGGAUUAUCCUUAUGAUCACGGAACACAUUAUCAGCUUUGGAAACCGCCAGGAAACUAUUUCGCUAGAGGAGAAGCCCCCCCGCCAUACGAAGAAGCAAUCGCAUUGGCUCAAGCAGAGUCUCUCAAUACCUGCACAGUUAGCGUCGCUACAUCUACGCAGAGGCAGUAUCCAAUCGGGUUAACAGAGUCAGAAGCAUCUCAAACUAUUACUGCAAAUACAACGAACCUUAUAAACAUCAACAUAAAUAAUGGUGGUAACCUCACAGCGACAGCUACCGGCGAAAAUCACAUUGCAUCGACACUGCCAAGUGAUGCUCAAAAUGAUACUUCUGUUAGUAACGCAAGCGAUAUAAUCGGAAAUCGUGAGUCAUGUUUGUCAUAUGCCGCUAAUUACUAUACCAUUCCCGUAAGUGCAUCCGAGAUAUGUACGAGUCAGAAUUGUGACAUGAGUUUAGGUAAUAACUGCAAUUUAUCAAUACCCAAUACAUCAAACGUAAAGGAAGUUCAGACAAAUCAAAACAACAUGCUGAGCUCUACGACAUCAAUAUCGCACUACAAACCUAUUGAACGGUUUACAGACAGAUUUAAUAGUUCUUGUACAAUCCUGCCACCACCCCUAUUCGACAAUACUUCGAAUUAUCAAAAUAUCACCAACGAGGAUAUAGCACCCGUUACUAAGUUCCGCGCAACUGGAAAGCGGUAUCAUAGAACGAUCCCAAAACACGUUAUCGUGGAUCCAAUUGUUAAUUCGUCAAAAAUAAACCGAAACAGCAUCGUAACCAUCUCAACAGAUACUCCAAGUAGUAUAGUGUGCCAGAGUGAAGCAUUAAACAAAAAUGACCCUAUAGAAUCCAGGUACAAUGGUCAUAAGCAAAUAUGUCAAUGUCCAGUACAGCAUACUCCAAUAUCUUAUCUGCCCUCUCAUGUAGGAAUCAAUCAAGUUAGUAAUGAAUCAGUCGUAGGGCAAUGCGACAAUGGAAGAUCACAAACUAUGAAAAAAAGAAUUCCUUGUGAAGUGUUCAGACAUACGCAUACACCACAGCAAGUCACUUCUACACAAUUGAAAUCAAUACAUACUACCAGUGUUCAUUGCAAAGCCACGUUGAGAAAAAAACACGAAAACCAUGAUGGUGGUGAUAAGAAUUUGUAUUCCAAUACCAAAUAUGUUAAAAUGCAAUACACCACUAACAAACUUCGAGACGAACAGUUACGCGUUGACAACCAAACUGUAUUGAAAAAACAGAACUCUUUGCCUAGAAAAACUUCGUUUUCGAGUGAACAUUCUAUGACGUUGAAUUCGACCUUGAAAAAUUAUCCAGAGCAUAAUGAACAAGAGUGUUUAGCGAAGAAACGCGAUGCUGAUGUUAACGAUUCAACUAUUGCAUGGAAGAGCUCUUUCUGCGAUCAAGAAAAGCAUAGAAAAGCUCCAAAUUCAUUAGAGGAAUGCACUGAGCAAAAUCCAGUACUUCCGCCAAAGAUGCAUAAACACAACAACGGGCGAUUAUCAGGAGCACAUCGAAAGUCAUUUUACAGUAAUUCCAAAACACAUGCUAUCUCUAAACUUUCCAGUGAUCAUGCAAAGUUCUCCAUUCCAACAACCAAUACGGCAGGCCUGCUCAACAAUAUUAACAAAAUACAGAAAAGUAGUUAUUCUAACUCUUUACCAAGAAAUAUAAUCACAUCCAGUCAUGAAUAUGCCCAAGCAUUUCAGAGCACACAGUCGUCCGAAGGACCAGAUAGUAAUAUUGCGAGUAUAAAUUUUAAUACGUUGCCAAAGAAAACCAAUAAGCUCUGCGCUCGUAGUUCUAAUUUAUUAACGGAAGUGGUAAAUAAGGUACCAUCAGUAAUUAAUAUCCCGUCACCGUUACAACCACCACCGUUACUGAUUGCCGGUCGAUGUUCCGCAAAUCAGCCUGCUUCUAUAAUUACCAACAAAAGAAUUCAUCAGAAUCUUGAAAAAGCAAGCCAAGAAUACUCCCACAAACCAACACGAGCAAAUAUAUUGGAUUACGGGACCAAAGGCGAAAAACCGUUACCAGUAUUGACAACUUCAACAAACUGUAUCAAUCCAAGAGAACAUUUUCUUCCAAAUGAUAAUAGUCUCGAUGAUGAUUACCUUAGUGAGUGUGAAAAUUGUAAAUCCGCGCACGGUUCGCGCUAUUAUUUAGAGGCAGAAAUCGAUGAUGUCCCACAAGAAACCAUGACGUUGCAACGAAAAAUGCCAGAAAACGAAGAAGAGCAACAAAACUACUAUCGUGUAUCUUCAACGUUGCCGACCAAUACUAGCAGAAAGACACCGUAAGUAGAUUAUAUAGCACGCUAUCUCACCAUAAUACAACGUAGCAUUCGAGGGUAGUUAAUUCGAAGGUUCUAUUUAUUGCUGUUUCUCCCAAGGGAGCAAACUAGAUCAAAC